AUGCGUCCUAGAUUUCAAGCCCUGCCGCCGGCACAGACCGCGUCCGCACGCGAGGCGCGCCGUGCGUUCUUCUGUGAGCUCUGCCAAAAGGGCUACACACGCAUGAACGAGUACGAGGCCCAUCUAUCGUCGUACGACCAUGCGCACAAGCAGCGUCUCAAAGACAUGAAAGCGAUGGUGCGUGACCCGACCGUAGCGGCUCGCGCCCGCCGUCUGGAGGCCAAGGCGACGGACGCUGUCAUCAGCAUCAAGAUGGGCACCAACGACGGCGGUCAGGAUGCGUCUUCCGGUGGCGCAGCUGUCGGUAAUUCCGGUGCCGGUACCAAAAAGGGCGGCUUUCGCAAGGGUGGUUUCAAAUCAGCCUUCUCAGCUGUUUCCAACGAGAGCUCGCAGCCACCAACAAGUGCCGACAUGACAGCGCCGUUGUCGGACCUUCCGAUCAUCUCGUUACCGACGACAUCAACAUCAACUGCUCAGGCGGCGUCGACACCGUCCAUUUCUGGAUCCCUGCAUCCUCCGCCCUUGCCACUACCAGGACUCGACGAAGCUCAGCAGGGCACACACUCUGAUGUUGAGAGCGACACCGAUGACGAAGGCUAUGAAGUAUAUGACCCGCGCAAGCCGACCGACUGA